AUUUCCAAAGAUCCUACUCUUGUGAACCGAUUUUCAUGUCAGUGUAGAUGUACAACUAUGAUUCAUGCUGAUCCUCACCGCAAGCAUCGAAGCCAUUGAACCGCAUAUCCUCGGCAACCGAUAACGGCCCAACAUCCCCGCACGCCGAACCGAUAAGUGCUCGCAUUCCCCUUAUAUACAGCCUACCUUCUACCAACAUCCAAAUAAUUGUACAUACAAUAGACAAGGCAUAUACCUUGAACAUGUCCAAAGCAAUCUUCAUCACGCCCAUCGACGGCAAACACGGCAAGCCCGGCCAAGUCUACUACCCCCUCACCGUGCAGACCCUCCCCCAACCCAUCCCUCAAGGCCGUGAAGUUCUGGUGAAAGUCUCCGCCGCAUCCUUGAACCACCGCGAUGUGUUCCUUCGGCAACAUCUCUACCCCGGUGUCACCUUUGAUGUACCCAUGGGUGCCGAUGGGAUGGGUUCCGUCAUUUCCGCCGGCGAUGCGGUGAGCGAUCCGCAACGCUGGAUCGGGAAGCGAGUGGUCCUCAACCCUGGGAUAGGAUGGAAGGACUCGCCUGACGGACCGGAGGAUCCAGAAGGAUACAGAAUCCUGGGCGGGACAAAGUCGUACCACAAGGGGACGAUGCAGGAGUAUUUGGCUAUCGACGAGGAGGAGCUGGAAGAGGUACCGGAGCAUCUUUCAGAUGCCGAGGCGGCGUCAUUGCCGGUUACUGGUCUGACGGCAUGGAGGGCCCUAGUCAAAGCAGGAGAGAGGAAUACGGGCAGGGGGGCUGCGGUUCUGCUGACCGGAAUUGGGGGCGGCGUGGCCUUGAUGGCGCUGAAGUUUGCAGUGGCUAGGGGAGCGGAUGUCUAUGUGACCAGCUCGAGUGAGGAGAAGAUUCAAAAGGCAGUUGAUCUGGGGGCCAAAGGUGGAGUGAGUUAUAAGGAGGAAAAAUGGGAACAGAAGUUGCUGGGCAUGCUGCCUACGGGGAAAGGGGCAUUUGAUGCGAUUAUUGACGGGGCUGGAGGGGAUUCGGUGGACAAGGCUGUCAAAUUGCUCAAGGCUGGUGGUGUUCUUUGCGUGUAUGGGAUGACGGUCGGGCCGCAGAUGCCCUUCUCCAUGAGGGCGGUGCUCAAGAACAUUGAUGUCCGUGGUUGUACGAUGGGCUCGCGCAAGGAAUUCAAGGAAAUGGUCGAGUUUGUCAGGACGCACAAGAUCCACCCGGUGAUUUCGCGCGUUCUGCAAACCGACCUGGCGGAUAUCCCAGCAAUCGACGGGAUAUUCCAAGAUAUGAAGGACGGAAAGCAGUUUGGGAAGCUGGUGAUCGAGUUCGGGAAGUCGUCUGGAAGUAAGCUGUGAUCUGGAUAUCCUUCCUGAGCAAAUGCAGUGAAGUCGCUCUUUCCCUGCAUUAGGAUAUCAGUUGUAUUCAUGCCAUACCUCUUUCUUAUGGCCAACUCGAUGCAGAUUUUGGUCA